GGAUUCAACAUAUUAUCAAGGCAUCGAAUUACUUUGAAACUUUCACAAAUUGUUUGUAAAUUGCUGAAGAAUAAAGCUAUUGUGACCGUUGAAUGGGAGAGCAAUGGACAAGAGCCAAUUCAACUCCAACGGUGUAUGGGUGAUGCAACUAUAGGUGAUGCUGUUAAGGGUGAUGAUGAUAAUGAUUUAGUGAUGUCGGGUUACAUCUAA